CAGCUUCAAAACCAUCAUCAAACACCCGUUGCGGCUUGCGCCAGCGGGCAGCCCGCUCUCCUCACCUCGGCUCCUCUCCCGCAGUCCCACACACUCCCACGCGCAUUCCGCCGCGCGGCUCCCGAGAGAAAGAAAGAGAGAGAGGAGAUGGCCAGGCACGCCAAGACGGACUCCGACGUGACGAGCCUGGCGGCGUCCACGCCGCCGCGGUCCCCGCGUGGCCGCCCGGCCUACUACGUGCUCAGCCCCGCCGCCUCCCACCCGGACGUCCACGUCGGCGGCGUCGCGGGGACCACCCCGGCCGAGUCGCCGCUCCACUACCACUUCCACCACCACCACCGUGGCUCGAGCGGCGGCGUCGGCGACGGCGGAGCCGGCGCCGGGGGCGGCGGCAUGCACCACUCCCGGGAGUCCUCCACGGGGCGGCUCCUCUUCUCCGACCAGCUCCGCUCCGGCGGCGACGUCGCCGCCGUGGUGAGCGUCCCCUGGCGCCGGCUCGGGCACGGCGGCAGCGGCGCGGGCAGCGUCGGGGACGACGACGGCGGCGCGUCCCUGACGCGCGGCGGGUUCGCGGACUCGCCGUGGCGGUGCUACGCGCUCGGCGCGUUCGCGUUCGUCGCCGUGUUCGCCUUCUUCCUGCUCGUGCUCUGGGGCGCCAGCAGGUCGUACAAGCCUCAUGUCGUCGUCAAGAGCGUGGUGUUCGAGUCGUACCACAUCCAGGGCGGCACGGACCGGACGGGCGUCCCGACGAAGAUGAUGUCGGUGAACGCGACGGUGCGGCUGCGCUUCCGCAACCGGGGCACCUUCUUCAGCCUGCACGUCACGGCCACGCCGUUCCUCCUCUUCUACGGCGACCUCACCGUCGCCUCCGGAGACAUGGCGGAGUUCUACCAGCCGCGGAAGAGCGGGCGGAUGGUGACGGUGUCCGUGGUGGGGAAGCAGGUGCCGCUCUACGGCGCGGGCGCGGGCCUGCACAGCAAGCCCAACAACGGCCGCCUCGGCGCCGCGGUGGUGCCCGUCGAGCUCGACCUCGUGCUGCGCGCGCGCGCCCACAUCCUCGGCCUCCUCGUCAAGUCCAAGUUCUACCGCCGCGUGCACUGCCGCCUCCACAUCCACGAGGCGCACCUCGGCAGGCCCGCACGCGGCGUCGCCGCCGGAUGCCAGUACCACGACGGCCUCCGAUGAUCGACAUCAUUGGGUCGGGUCCGGCUCCGGCAGGGUUGUUGAACUGGGACUUUCGAUGUGGGUCCAUUGGGUCUGAUGAUGGAUUCAUGACAGGAAAAUGAACCCGUUCUAAUGUAACGGGGCCGUCGACAGUCUGGGUGUAGCUUGGCUAGUGUGACAGUAUAUUGCAUUAUAAUUAAUUCCUCUGCCGAAACCAUGAAGAACCGCAGUGACUGGUGGCUAAUGCGACGAGUAUUGCUACGGGCGGCUUCCGUUAAUAUUCUAGUUCCCGUAUCACGUUCCCGCUCUCCCAAUCGUGGGAGCGGGGGUCUCCCACUCUCUCUGGAAACUGCCCUAUCAAAGACAUGUAUAAAUACAUUUAUAUUGUUUAUCAAUAAAGUAGAUCCUUUCACUUUUA